AUGAGGUUGCAGAGUCCCAGUGCGGAUGUUCGUGAAUUUGCGUGUGCAAGCAUUUCCCGGGUGGUGCAGCAGAGCCAGAGCAUCCCUGGUUUCCUCCAGAGGGGCGCUGUUAAACGCCUGGGCCCCAUGCUGCUGGACGGCAGCCUGGCUGUCAGAGAGACGGCCUCGGGGGCUCUCAGAAACCUGAGUGCAUGUGGGGGUCAGGAGGUGUGCGAGGACAUGGUGAAGCACGACGUCAUGACUCCUCUGACAGCACUGCUUAGAGAGUGUUGUUCUGGUUUUGAUGGUGCUGUUGUGACGAUGAAAGACCAGAAGAACCCAGUGGAAGAUGUGGCCAACGAGGCUGUGAACCUGCUGUGGAAUCUCUGUGAGAACAGCAACCAGGCACUGUCUGUGUUCAACAGAUCAGCUCUCUUGGAUGUGGUUGUCCAGUGUCUAGAGAGACACCCACUCAAUGUGGAGCUGGCCAUAUCUGCAGAAAGGCCUAUGGACUAG